GAUAAGAGAAUCUUACCAUGCAUGGUAUACUCGAUUCAAAAAUGACGUAGAGGAUGAAUAUAAUAAUUAUAUGUUACCUGGAUUUGGUAAUUUGACUCGCGAACAACUAUUUUUUAUUUCGUACGGGCAUUCUUGGUGUUCAAAGUCAAGACCUGAAACGGCUGUUGAAAGAGUUCGUACUGAUCCUCAUUCUCCUCCUAAUUGGAGAGUCAAUGGUGUUUUACGUAAUACGGAGAAGUUUGCUGAGGUUUUUAAAUGUAAAUCGGGAUCAAAAAUGAAUCCAGUAGGCAAAUGUACUCUAUGGUAA